GAUUUCAAUUAUAUCUAAACUAUUAAUACUACCGAUAGUUGACAGCAUUUAUAUGAGACAACAACAGCGAAAAUACUAUAAAUAUCUUAAUAAUUACUAUAAUAUCAAUAAUUAUAGACAAUAUCUGAGAAAUGGUUAUUUGAUUAAUAAAGACGAUGACGACGACAACACCGAUACCGACAACAAUGUCAUCGAUAUCGACAAACUGAUCGACAAAUGGAUGAAAUCAUUUGUUCGCAUAAAUGUUAUGGGAAUCGACUUCAGGGACAGCUAUCGGGGCAGCGGUUGUAUUGUUGACAUUGUCGACGGCGGCCUAUCAGCUAAACUGAUUACUAACUAUCAUGUGGUCGAAGGUCUGAUAGUAACCAACGUCUAUGGCCAGGAUUGGUCUACUAGUGGACGAGUAGUCUAUGUCGACCAGAAACUUGAUUUGGCACUCAUUGAGUUUCGAGAUAUUAAUAUCAUUGAUGAUAUGGUAGUAAAGUUUGAUAUUACCAAAUCGGUGCCGGUAUUUGGCGACCAAAUGCUGUCACUGGGCUACCCGACCCCCAUCUACUCUCUCUGUACUGAUAUAGUCGUAUGUCCCGAAAGUACGUAUCUAUCCGAUCAUAAUCUAUCCUAUUUUGACUCUUGUGUGCCGGGAAUGGUAUACAUUGAACACUGUUUGCCAAUAUAUCCCGGAUUUUCUGGCGGUCCGCUUAUUGAUGUCCUAACUGGACAAUUAUGUGGACUGAAUUGUAUUGUGGAAAACGGUUACCAAAGAUUUGCCAUAUCUAUCGGCUAUUUAGAAAAAUUUUUGGUCAGUGCCGACAAGUUUAAGGAGACUAAUAGAUUGAGACGACUAACAGAGCACCGGGAGAUAAAAUUAGGCUUUCAAUUCAAAUGGCGAGCAGAUGGCUGUUAUAUAACUAUAAAAUUUAUCCAUAAUAAGUGCAACUCUGAGUUAGAGGAAGACGAUGUGAUUACCAAAAUUAAUGGUCAAACCAUCAAAUCGUUUGAUCAUUUUGUAGAUGAACUAAACAAUUGUGCCGACAAUCAGCCGAUAAACAUAACCUAUACGUCAAUAUUUAUGCGCAAAAAACGAUUUAAUACAACUAUAACUAAAUUACCGACAAAUAUUACAUUAGUUUAA